AUGGACGCUAUAUGGGAAUGCAACCAGGUGCGACCGACAGGGGAGUUUAAGUCCGAUAUCGAGAAUGUUUGGACGUUGCUAGUAUUCUUUGUGCCCAGCUGCAUAGCGAUAGCAGCACUCCUAGUACACUACGCCUUCCUUCACAAGCCACUCGACCAGUUGACGUGGUGGGAUGUGAAUCCCGUCGAUGUUGUAGUCCUGCAAUGGUUUCGAGAUACCCUUGGACGCUUGGGUGUCAGCUUCGGCUACCUGGACCGACGGGAUAAGGACGAUGGAUUUAGAGCAGCAUUCGACCAGUUCAUGUUGACUCUGGCCGACGUGCAUGUCGGCUUCGGUCUGGCUAUCCUUGCAUAUGGCUUCAGUUCCUUGUUGCAAGGCUUCACCGCAUACGACUGGUGGCUUAUGGUCGGUUUGGCAUGGUUUGCUGUGACCACCAACCUGGUCAUGUUGAUCGGCCUACGCGACUUCUUGCAAUAUCAUCCGGGCAAGCGAGCAUGGAGGUUGUGUCUGAUAGUUGGACUGAUUGCGGUUCUGGCGUUCUGCAUGGUUCCCAUCAGUGGUGUCAGACGUGCUAUGACCGCAUACGGGCAUGGAAGCAAACACGAUAUUCUGGCUACUAACAUCUUAUGCUUCUUUCCAGGUCGUGAAGAGGGCCCUUUGGUUGAAGAACUUGGUCAGGCCACUCUGGGUUGGAGCACCAUCGCUGGAUGCCUUGGCCUCGUCGUUGCGCUUGCGGUCGUUACAAUAACACUGGAACGCCGCAAUGGCAUCUUGAGGACUUGGAUAGAGCAUUAUCGGGGUGAGAUGCGAGAGUCGUUUUCAAGUGAUCAAAACCUCUGCAUCCGGUGUGAGCAGCGCUUCAUCCUGCUGGUAAUGCGACCUUGUGUUGCACUCUGGCUGAUAAUUCGGGCCUACCUUGAUAUAUUGAACUCCGUUCUGGCACAGCUUAGUUGCGCCGUUGCGUUGUUGGCCUGGGUAACUCUACGAUUUCUCGACCUACUACAGCUGCAACAUUUCGGUAAAUCAGAAACCAGUAUUGAACUGGCGCAUUUCAUCGCAUUUAUUAUGCUUCUGGCUCCUUUAAAGUCAUUAGUAGAAUACAUAUACACGGCUUGCAGGAAAUUUCAGGGUUUUAGAUUUCGCAUUCGCUGGCCUUCUUGGCGAAAUUCUUCGAGGGGCCAAUACCAGCCAUGCGAAUCUGUGGCAGAUGAGAGUGAUUAUGGUGAGACUGGGGCAUCGGAAGAGGCUGACAAGUUGCUUUCCGGCUCCAGUCGCACCAGCUCUAGACGCCGAACAGGACUAAAACUACCCAUGCGGUUCAAGUUCUACCUUGAAACGGAAUGGUAUGUGAAAGCCGUGCCAGUCGCAGGUGUCUCGUGUCUGGCGCAGUUGAUUCUCAUGUUCAUACUUGCUACUGUUGGUGGCGAGCUGCCCAUUGUAGCAGUGUCGCAUCUUGCACCCUGGUUCGUCGCUUUUGCGCCGUCACAAGUAGUCCUAUUUAUCCUCGCUGCUAUGGUCAUAGAGGAAAAAGGACGAAGUACGGAGAGCAAGAGAGUGGCAUACUGGGUUUCGAGCGUCAUUUUUGGAGCUGCAUCGGUAGCAUCCGCAGUCGACAGUAUAUAUGGGCUCGGAGGGUUUCCAAUGUCAUAUAUUGGCAUGGCCACCUUGGCUUUGAUGAUUGUCACAUAUGUGCUCUAUGGAUGCAUCUCCAAGCCUGGUAGCCUCGCAAAGGGCAAGGGUGUUAGCGAUGGUGGUAUGGACGAGGAAUCUGCUCUGCUUGGAUCGAAAGUGCAGGUGAAAAUUCCAGUACGCAGGUCAAAGCGAUAUCAAGCUCAUACGCGAAGGUUAAGUAAGCAGAGCAUAAAGGACUACGGCACAAUGGUCAAGCCCAGUAACUGA